UGAAAGCAUCUGUUUUUAAAACAUUCAGUUUCUUUGAAUAUUUUCAUGAAUUAUUCUUGCACACCAAAGGAAAAGAAGUCUUGGAGUGGGAGGUGGGGAAACAGGCAUAUAAAUAGAUAAGAGAGUUAGUUUUGAUAAGUUUUUUUUUUUUUUACCUAAGGGUGUUAAGACCUCUCAAAACUCACUUCUGUCAUAUUAACAAGUUACCAUUUCUCUCCUCUAUGUGCAAAGAUAGAUGUUGCAUGUGCUCACAGUGAGCACGCUUAUGCACUCUGCACAUAUAAAUGAGAGUCACAAGGCUUCAGAAGAGUGCCGCAUCAUACCAGCAUCUCAAUUCCUGCUGUAAAUUUUGGUCAAAAUAAAUCUUGUAAAACUACUGGCUUUCUGUGUCACCUUUCAUGUAUUUUUUUCUAUGAAGAGGGAAAGACAGAAGCUUGCACUCCACACAAGUCCAUCAUUGGCAAGUGUUGAUAGUGUUUCCAGCUCCUCCAUGUUUCAGUAGCCUUUUCUCGUUGAGCUUAUUCAACACAGUGACUCUUCUGUUUUCUUACUCUUCUAUUGAAUUGUGAAUUCAUGUCUCUAACUGGAUAAAAGUAAAUAGAUUAAUCUCCCUUUUGAAAGGGAUAAAAUAAAUGAAAAAUGCAUCAUAAUAUAAGGCAGUAGCACUUGGGAAGGUUGAGAGCUUGCAGCUGAAUUUCAGAAAGGAGGUAGGCGAGAGCUAGUUCACCUCUCUUGUUGGUGCUGUGAUGCUGCCUGCACUGACAGAAUAUGUUGGGCUGUAAGAAGCUGUGUUUCUGUUGGGCACACACGGUUUAUCUGCCAGCUUCCUCUGGGAGUUAUGGGGGAAUACAGUCUGGAAAAUAUUAUGGGAACUCAUGGGGAGCUGCCUAACAAGUUACCUAGCCUGCAGAGAAUGGAUGCUGCUUCCCAUCAAAUCCUUUCAAUGUUUUCUUGUAAGUCAGUUUUACUUGGGUAUCUUCUCCCUAUUAGUAAAUGCCCUUCUGGAGGAAGCCAGGUGUAGAUUUAGCUGAGUUUAGAGAAUUAGGAUUUUGAGUUUAAGUGCAGUCCUGCAGUAUUUAGGCAGACAAAAAUCCCUGUUUGCCCACAAAAUGAUUUGUUGAGCCUUCAGUAAACACUUGGGUCCUCUUAUCUUGCUUAUACUGCAGUGACGCAAGGAAAGUAAGUCAUUCAUAUUUAAGUUUGGUGCCCUGAAGUUUCACUUGUUAUGCUUAAUACGGAUUAGGAGGUCUUUGAGUCAUCCUGUAUCUCUUUCCUUUAGUCUGUAAGUCAUUAAUCCUUGCUUUACUGGCUGCUGGGCCACUUGAUGCCACCUGAUGCAUCUGUUAUGUGCGCUAAGUGUUGAGAGUAUUAACCAACAAGUUAAAAGAAGAAUAUUCAGAAGGUAGCACAGAAGAGGGCAGUAGGUAUAGGAAUACCAUGUCUGUUAAAUAAAAGACACAAGAUACAUGCUAAUCUUGUUUGAUAGCACUUAACCAGUGUUUUAUAUAAAACUCCCUGAUAGGAACAGGAUAGGACCUAUUGUGUUGUAAAGUUCAGUCCGCUGCUGUAAACAACUACCUAUAUAUUUCUUUUAAAAGCUGAUCAAACUCAAUCUAAAGCAGUUGUUUCCCACCUCUGCUGCUGCUUCUGCGAGUCUGACCUGCAAUUUCAUUUCUCUAAUGGUUUUCAGACACCUGGUUUCCAUCUUACUUGAUUUUUUGGACUCAUUUCUAUGCCAGUAUUGUUCAUCAGCUUAAUGAGAGCCUAGCUCUUCCUCAGGUUCUUCACUCUAACCCAUUUGUAGAGACCAGUUGUUUUGCUUGAUUGGAUAAGCCAAGAUCUUUGUUUAGUUUCAUGCAAUAGGUUCUUCAUCGUUUGCUAUUCAUAAUGUUUUUUUCUGCCCAGGAAGCUAUGUAAGCUAAGCUGCAUAGCUUGACUUCUUCAUUGGCUUUUUGGUUAAUCUUUUUUUGUGGUUUAAUUCAGGUGCACUCCCAGUGUAUUUUAUGUCCUGAGUACAUUUAAUUUUAAGAUCUUACCAAAAAAAAAAAAAAAAAAAUCCUUUUCUCCUUAUCACCUAGGGGAGCUCUGUACAAAGGAACAUAAGCAGCCACGUGUCCAUUGUCAUUCUUGUCUCUGCAUAGACCUACCCUCCCCCCAUCUGUUUCCCACCCAUCCUUCAAAUAAGCAAAACAGCUCCUGGGCUCAGCAAUGUGCCAAGAGUGCAAGUAGCAGAGAGAAGAGCUUCAGGGAAGAGACUCCUGGUGCGUGUUGUCAAGUCAAUGAGAGACCACAGAUGGACAUGGAGGGUUCUCGGCCGAGCCAGGAGGAGGAGGGGCCAUAUGGGAUGAUCUGUCUGAAAACUCAAAUUACAUGAUAAUAAUAAUAGCUCAAAAAUCACAAGCUUGCAGGAGCUGCCAGUAAGGAUACGAGGGGACCACGAGCUAUUGUGACAAUCUUGGCUACCACCCGUUAAGUGCUGCUGACUUUGGAAAGAUCAUGAAAAAUGUCUUUCCAAAUAUGAAGGCCCGUCGUCUAGGCACAAGAGGCAAAUCAAAAUAUUGCUACAGUGGACUGAGGAAGAAGGCUUUUGUGCAUAUGCCAACACUGCCCAACCUUGACUUUCAUAAAACUGGAGAUGGGUUGGAUGGAGCGGAACAGUCUGGGCAGCUGCAAAGUCCUGAUGAGGAAGUCGUCUCUGCGGCCUGCCGGCUUGUUUGUGAAUGGGCCCAGAAAGUGCUGAGUCAGCCUUUUGAUACAGUCUUGGAAUUGGCUCGUUUCCUUGUAAAAAGUCACUAUAUUGGUACCAAGUCAAUGGCAGCUUUAACUGUAAUGGCAGGGGCACCAGCAGGAAUAAAAGGGAUCCCCCAGCCCUCGGCUUUUAUACCUACUGCUGAAAGUAAUUCCUUUCAACCGCAAGUGAAAACUCUGCCAUCUCCUGUUGAUGCCAAGCAGCAGCUGCAGCGUAAGAUCCAGAAGAAGCAGCAAGAACAGAAACUGCAGUCUCCUUUGCCAGGAGAGUCUCCAGCAAAGAAAACGGAAGGCGCUGCAACCAACGGUGUGACCAGUAUAUCUAAUGGAAGUCCUGCAAUUCUGUCUCCUCCACCUAUUGGCAUUGUUGUGGCAGCUGUCCCCAGCCCGAUACCGGUGCCAAGGACCAGGCAGUUGGUGACGUCUCCAAGUCCUAUGGGAUCAUCUGAUAGCAAGGUCCUGCCGCUCAAUGUUCAGGUGGUCACUCAGCACAUGCAAUCAGUCAAGCAGUCACCAAAGACGCCCCAGAAUGUUCCCGCCAGCCCAGUUGGUGACCGCUCUGCCCGGCAUCGCUACCCGCAGAUCUUACCCAAGCCAGCAAAUACCAGUGCUCUCACCAUCCGCUCUCCCACGACGGUGCUCUUUACCAGUAGCCCAAUCAAGACUGUUGUGCCAGCUCCACAUGUGAAUUCUUUAAAUGUGGUAAAAAUGACAGCAAUAUCUCUUGCCCCAAGCAGCAGUAGUGUGCCCGUCAAACAGACGCCUUCAGUCAGCAGUAGUGCAGGAGCAGUGGAAGAAGGGAGGACUGGUCCACAGAUCAAAAAUGGAUCUGUCGUUUCCCUUCAGUCUCCAGGAUCCAAGCCUAGCACUGUUGUAGCUGCGCCUGCAGUCAAGAUCAAAAUGGAACCAGAAGCAUUACUGGAUGAGAACUCAGUACAGGGCCAAGAGAGCUCUGACAUGUCUAAAUCCAUAAAGGCAACCCCUGACCUGCCUCCUGCUCAACUAAUUAAUUUUGAGGUUGCAACCUUGAAGGUUUCAGCUGAUGAUGUCAUGGAGGCAAAACCAGUUAAGGGCUGUGAUCAGGGAGCUGAAGAAACAGGGACCAAAUAUAAAACACAAUCUAAUGAAAUCACACCAGUUUCUUCAGCAGGCAAUAAUCAAAACACUCUAAAGCUCUCAGUUGCCAGUCAAAACUUGUCCAGCACCAGCAUCGGUUCACCUCCUACUGGUGAGUCUACAAUUAAAGACAAAACAUGCACUAAAAGUCCAAGAAAGCGACAACCUUCCACACUUCAGGAUUCCCAGGUGCCACCUGUAAAGAAACCACUGGUGGAACAGCUUUCAGUUGGUAACGCUGCGGAGGGUCAAAAAGCAAACAGUAUUAAGAAGUCUCCAAAGGUUGGAUCGUUACCUAACAGUGACAAUGCAGCAACACUUGCUCAAGUUCCCAGCAAGGUACCUGUGAAGGUGGUACCUGUACCUUCUGCAGCUGCAGCAAACUUAGCAACAGAGCUUUCUUUGAGUACCGAUUUAAAUACCAGUGAUUCUACUUUAGGACAGCAGCUUGCGUCAGCAUCAUCUCCAGAUAUAAAAGUAAAAUUGGAAGGAAACAUGUUUAUCGUAGAAAAUGAUUCAAAAUCAGAUGGCAGCUUUAACCCAAAUACAUGGCACCAUAUCACCAAAACCUCCGACUUUGCAUCUGUGAAUUGUGAACAGCAGCAAGAUAUCAGUGUUAUGACUAUUGCAGGGCACUCUGGCUCUAGUGACUUACAGGAACCGGCAUGGGAGCCAGUGCACUGUGAAGGUAUACAGCAGGAUGCAUACAACCAGCAGUUACAGAGCCAGAUCCAGGACUCCUCCCUGGGUCAAAUACAAGCACAGUCUUCAAAUCAGUUACCUCUGCAGCCUGAGCUGAAAGAGUUUGAACAUACAGUCCCUCAGUCAAACGAAAACUUCUUUUCAUUUGAUGAUGACCUUACCCAGGACAGCAUUGUGGAGGAGCUGGUGCUCAUGGAGGAGCAAAUGUCCAUGAAUAAUUCUCAUUCUUACGGUGGUUGUCUAGGAAUGGCACUUCAGAGUCAGACCGCAGCUCAAGGAGCUCCCGUGUCAUCUCAUCCAAGCAGCGUGCACUUUUACCAUUCGAUCCAUAACAACAGCACUCCGAUUCACACUCCCACCCCCACCCCCACCCCGACCCCCACCCCCACCCCGACUCCAACACCCACCUCUGAAAUGAUCGCUGGGUCUCAGAACAUGUCCCGAGAGAGCCCUUGUUCGAGGCUGGCUCAGACGACUCCCGUAGACAGUGCUCUAGGAAGCAGUCGGCAUACGCCCAUCGGCACACCGCAUUCGAACUGCAGUAGCAGUGUCCCUCCAAGUCCUGUGGAGUGCCGAAACCCGUUUGCGUUUACUCCCAUCAGCUCCAGUAUGGCUUACCAUGAUGCCAGCAUUAUAUCGAGUAGCCCCGUGAAGCCGAUGCAGCGGCCUAUGGCUACCCAUCCCGACAAAACCAAGCUCGAGUGGAUGAAUAACGGCUACAGUGGUGUUAGCAAUUCGUCCGUUGCAAACCAUGGCAUCCUUACGAGCUAUCAGGAGCUGGUGGAAGACCGCUUCAGGAAACCUCACGCUUUUGCCGUUCCUGGCCAGUCAUACCAGUCUCAGCCACGCCACCACGACACCCACUUCGGUCGCGUGACUCCCGUUUCACCUGUGCAGCACCAGGCAGCCCCUGUCAGCAGCACCACCAAGCAAGAGGGCUUUGCUGUUCCUGCUCCUUUGGACAACAAAGGAACCGGUUCCUCUCUCAACAACAGUCUGAGGUGCCGGAGCGUGAGCCCUGCUGUCCAUCGCCAGCGUAAUCUCAGUGGAAGCACUGUUUACCCAGUUUCGAAUAUACCACGCUCUAACCUGACACCUUUUGGAAGUCCAGUGACUCCUGAAGUUCACAAUGCAUUUGCUAAUAUCCAUGCGGACACCAGUGCCAAUAACAUAGCGCAAAGAAGCCAGUCAGUCCCGUUGACUGUGAUGAUGCAGACGGCCUUCCCGUCUCUUCAGAAACAAACAAACACUAAAAAAAUAACCAAUGUGUUGUUAAACAAGCUUGAUUCUGAUAGCGAUGAUGCAGUGAGAGGUUUGGGAAUGAACAACAUGCCCUCAAAUUACACAGCCAGGAUGAAUCUCACUCAGAUUUUAGAGACAUCCGCCGCUUUUCCUAGUGCCAACCCACAAAAUAUGAUCAAUUCCAGCACUUCAGUUUAUGAAUUCCAAACACCAAAUUACCUCACAAAAAACAGCAGCACGGAUCAGAUCAGUUUUUCUUCUGGAGAUAACCAAGCACAAUCAGACAUUGGAGAGCAGCAGUUAGAUUUUAGCAGCACUGUAAAAGACCUUUUAGGGGAGGACAGUCUGCCAACAAACCAGCAGCUGGUGAAUCAGGUGGCAUCAGAUCUCAAUAAUGUUGCAUCUGUCUUUUCCAGCGACAUCAGGUUGUCUUCCGAGCUCUCAGGCAGCAUUAACGAUCUGAACACUUUAGACACAAAUCUACUGUUUGAUCCAGGUCGUCAGCAGGGACAAGAUGAUGAUGCUACACUGGAGGAAUUAAAAAAUGACCCCUUGUUUCAACAAAUCUGCAAUGAAUCCAUUAACUCAAUGACUCCAUCGGGUUUUGAGUGGAUGGAGAGUAAGGAUCAUCCUGCUGUUGAAAUGUUGGGUUAAUCUUGUUUUAUAAUAUGUAUGUAGCACACUGUAUCUAAGAGACAGACGUAUUGUAUUUGUCUUAAUGGAAGUGCCUCCCGCAGCAGAAACACUUGCUAUGUAUUGUGGCAUUUUCAAAAAAGUUUGCUGUACCUGUUGCUCAUUCUUCAGCAGGGAAAAGGUAGUCUUACCAAUUUUAAACAAAUCUCUGAAGGUGAUGGGCUGUCAAAGAGCCAGUAUUAAAAUUUGAAUUUUAUAGUGUUUCCCAUUCAACUUUUCUUAUUGUAGCAAAUAAAGACAUGGUUGAUAGCCAGUCAGCAGCGACAGCUAUGGUUGAGGCUUUGGGAGGGUUUUCAGUCGAGCUUGUUAGUAGGCUUUCCAUACUUCGUGUUGCUUGUUACUUCUUAGCAGAUGAUCCUUACUGACCUUUGUCGUUCAAGUCUGAAAUGCAGAGUGCCUGCAGAUAGGUAGGUGGUGGGGCGUGGGUACAAGUGAACCAGGUGACAUGCAGGUGCCUGAUCACUGUGUAGCUGUCUUGAGCACUGCUCAGUGGUGAACUGUGGGAAAUCUCUGUAGCGCUGGUGCCAUUGACAUCUCUAGUAAAUGCAGAGAUAGGAAAAACUAACAGGAAUGAUCAAGGAAAAAAGAAAGAUGCACUAAAUUUUUUAUUUAAGAGAAAUAAAUCUAUGUAGUUAUUUUAUCCAUUAAUAUUCAUGACAUACUUGAUAUUUUAGUUCUCACUUCAAUGUUUUUAUAUUAGGUAAAAUUCAUGCAAAAAGAUUUUGAGCACUGAGAUUUAAUCUAGGCAUAACACCCUAUUUUAAAGUGAUAGGUACUGUUUAAUUAUUUAUCAACGCUAGAGAAGGAACGUGAUAUUUUCCUUUUUUUCUUUUUUUUUUUUUAAAUAAAAGAGCUGCUGGAGCUCAUUAAAAUACUAUUUUUAAACAUUCAUUUUUAAAGUUUGCUCUUUCCUAGCCUAAUGGAGAGUGUAGGAAGAUGCUCUUUUCUCUGUAUUUCAGUAGGUUGAGCCUUUCUGUCUGUCUUGCUCUCUUUCUCUCAAACAAAAGAUGAUUAAAAUAUUAGAAAAUGGGGUUGAUCUAAAAAUAUUUCAUAGAGAGCCAUAAUACUGCCAGGCACUUUACAGAUACACAGUAAGACGUGAACUUUCUUUAGGUAAAACUUCCUUUAAAAGAAGUACUUACUGUUUUAGAAGCCUGAAUUCCAUUUUCAUACGUGAUUUGACAAGACUGGUGAAUCAUUUUUUUAGAAGUCCUUAGCUGCCCCUCUGGAAAAUGAGAUUUAGACUUCGGUCUCACUAGUUCACUUGAACCAAAAAAAGACCUUUUGUUUUAUCAGCAUGGCAUGCAUCUCUCCAAUGGUCAAAAGAGAGGGGUACUUAACCGGCGAUUGCCCUGAUGCUAGAAAGAGGCAAGCUUUUACAAAAGAAGUGGUGCGCUGGGGGUGCUACAAUACCUUCCCUUAAGCUUAGUAUGAAAUUGAUUAUUUCUCCUGUGAACUGACACUUACAAAACAGGAAACAGAGCAGAAAACAUUUGCCUCUCUUCCAUUACUUCUUUGAAUGAGUGGUCAUGAAUUUAUGAAGGGGGAGGCACGAUAAGCCCCCCUAGAUAUACUUAAGGGUAAGAUGCUCAGAUUUUUUGGGCGAUUAGUGUUUUUUUUUUUUAUUUAAGUGUCUUGGUGAUCUUCUGUUUCUUCAGUUUUUGCUAAUGACUCGAGAUGCCAGUACUGGUCAAUUUUUUUGGCGGUGCUGAUUCAACUUGUGCUGCUGCAUUGGCACUUGAGAUGCUGGUGUACCACAGCUUCUCCUGCUCUUGCCCCAAUUUAUCACCAGUCUAUGGCCUCUUCUGCAGGGACAAACAGUUGUGCCAAGCUAUAGCACCUUAAUGGGGGCCUGAUUUCACUGUGUUUGCAUCAGAAGUCUUGCCGCUUCGUCAGGAAUAAACUCAGAGUUCAGAUCCCUCCUUGAAGCACGUAUACGUGCGAUAGUGUGGUUUGCUUCGUUUAAGACCAAGUGACUCUCUUAAGUUUUGUUAAGGAAAUGGAGAGGAGACUAAAAACUGCAUGGUAGCCUUCUGCUUGUUAUCUUGCCGGGUGUCUGUCAGUAAGGCUUGAACCAUUUUUCUUGUAGACGAAAGUUGCUGAAGGCAGGGCUUGAGAUCUCUACCUGCCCAUGGCCUUUUGCCAGAGAUGUGCUGAACAUCCUGUUACCUUGUUGACUUCACUGGGUCUGAGUGACGCUCAGCACCUCUUUCCCCGCCCUGCCCCGACCCUGUGUGAAGUGCCAGCACUACUGUGAAUAGGUGAAACCUACUUUCUCAUGGAGAGUUGAUGGGGGAGGACGCGAGCGCUGGUGCUGCGGGGAGAAGCUGCACACGCGCCGCGGCAGCCCGUGUGUUUGCAUGACGUGCUGGUCUCACCUCCAGGUCGCUAGCACUGAGACUGAGGUGGGCUUGGGGGAAGUAAGUUUUUGCCUAACUCCACUAGUUUUUUAAGAACACUUCUCAGAAAAGCAAGAGUAGAUUUAAAGCUGAUGUGUUCAAAAUUAUGCAGCCGUCACCAAAGGUUUUUAAAAGUGCGUUUAAAAUUAUUUUUAAAUACAAGCAUUAAAUUGGGCCUAACACGUAACCUAAUUAGCGGAAAUAUUCUAUAAUCAGUGGAUUUAAUGCAAUUAUAUGUUUAAUUUAAGAAGUGUUAAAUUCAAUAAGGAUUGUUUCAAGUAAAAUCCAAGGCACAGGCACAGCUUUGUACAUUGGUAUGUAUUAUUUUAGAGGUGUUUGUGUGUUGGUGUUAUAAUUAAUAAUGUUAGGUCCCUGUACUUAGUGCUAAUUAGUUCUUUACUAUACAUUGAGACAGAGCACUACUGCACACCAAAGUAUGCAAAAUACCCAAAGGAAAAUUCUGUGAUUCUAACAAAUGGAAGCCUGUCUGUGUCAGAUACUCCAAAACUAAGAAUUUGAGACAGUUCUGACCCCUUGUUUACAUUAUUGGCUUCCUACUAACAUGAGAAAUUAUUUUGAUAGCAGUUUUUGCUAAACUAUACAAACUAGUGAAUUUGUACCCUGUGUACAGUAUUGCAGCAAACACUUUAAAUUUGGUUGGUUAGUCCAGCAAACUUUCUGGGUUCAUAUAUUGCACUAAAAUUCUGUUGAACCUGUGGCAGGCACAUUCCUUAGGAUAAAUGCAACAAAUACGGCCCACAGAUUAAAAAAAAAAAAGGCAAAACAAAAAAAACCCCUUUUUAAUGUGUUUCAUUAUUAAAAGGCAAAAUGUCAUUAAAAGUGACAGGUGAAAUUGUCUUAUGUAGCAAUGUGCAUUGAUCUCAAUGAGAUAUUUCUAUUUCUUAUUCUCUUACAUGAGAAUAUUACAGCAGGAAAAAUUAAGUUUAGUUUGCUUCACCAUGUUAAUACAUGAUCACAAAACGUGCAUGAGUGUUAAUGACUUAAUCUUGUACAGUACUAGAUAUAUUCCUGUAACCACUUUUAUUUUUUUUUUAUUCUUUUGCUGUAUUGAAACUGGUUCAGUGUUAACCAGGUGAGCAUAGUUAUUCACAAGUUAUUUACUUUUUUAUGUUAACUAAUUCAGCUUAGUUAUUGUUGAAUAUGUUCCUUUCUUGGAUUAUUUUUUAUUGUUCUGGUGUUGAAAAACAUUUUUGCAUCAUUUUAUCAUGAUAAGAAUUCAUGAAGUAAAUAAUUUGCAAAUAAUUGCAAUAAGCACUGACUUCUGAACUGAAAAGAAGGAAAACGUUUCUUGUGCAGUGCAUCUGAGGUUCAUAUAAUAGUCUUGUACUAUACUGUGCUUUAUUUACUGCACCGUAAGGAAAGAAAAAUCCCUGUUCCACGUUUUCAUUUAGUGCAGGAAAUCCAGUUUCUCCCCUUUUCCCCAGUGUUUUGUUGUCUGUUGUACUGCUGAAACUACAGUAGUUGAAUAUUGCAGUAGCAUUUCAGUUAUUUUUUUUAUUGAAAGUGCUCAAAAAUUGUUUUUUAAAUGUUUUCAGAAACAAUAAAAACAUUUUAUAUUAAAA